UGCCCAGUUCUUCCUAGUGACCAUCCCAACUGUCACUCAGACCACGGAACCUGCAACUGGCCAAUCAGGAAACCCAAAUGUAGAGGAUGUGGUGGUCUUUGCCGACGUGGCUGUGAACUUCACCCGGGAAGAAUGGGCUUUGCUGGAUAAUUCUCAGAGGAGGCUGUACCGAGAUGUGAUGCUGGAGACCUGCCGGAACCUGGCCUUCGUGGGUUGUUACACUGAAGUUAAAAUCUCUGGAUCAUGUUCUCAGAAGAAUAUUUUGGACAAUAACAUAGCCAAUAAAGAGAAAACAGUAAGAUUUACAAGAAAUGAUUCUUGGUCAGUUUGGGGUGAAAACCAGACACUUAAUGACAAUGGAAAUCAGCCUGUAACCCAGGAGACGCCGUGUAGUUUUAACAGGAAUCAUUUACUGGAGAACCUCCGUGAAACUAGUAAAGGUAGUCAAUGUGGAGACACCUUGAAUGCAGUUACAGAUCAUCCCCUGCAUGAGAAACAUGUGAACAAAGUUAAUGUUUGUGAAAGUACCACGUCUGGAAAAGUCCCCGUGCAGUGUUCAUCUUCUCAGAAUCGGGAUAAAUCUCAAACAGGAUACAGACCUAAUUCAAGUGAAGAAAGUGGCAAAGUCUUGAGGUUUUCUUCAUCCCUGCAAGAACAUGUGAUCACAGGCAUGGGAGACAAACCAUAUGUGUGUAAGGAAUGUGGAAAAUCCUUUUCUUGUCCAUCCAAACUUCAAGUCCAUGUUAGAAUGCACACUGGAGAGAGACCCUAUGAAUGUGAGCAGUGUGGAAAAGCCUUCCGUCAGAGAUAUUACCUUCAGUAUCAUGUGAGAAUACAUACUAUGGAAAAACCCUAUGAAUGUAAGGAGUGUGGAAAAGCCUUCCACCUUUAUGCCUCCUUUUGGAGACAUGUAAUUUCACAUACUGGAAAGAAACCCUAUAUAUGUGACCAGUGUGGGAAAGCCUUCAGGCUGCGAGAAUGGCUUCAGUCGCAUGUGAGAACACACACUGGGGAGAAACCCUAUAAAUGUAAGGAGUGUGCAAAAGGUUUUUCUACAUUGUCUUCUUUACGAGGUCAUGUGAGAACGCACACAGGGGAGAGACCCUACAAAUGUAAGGAGUGCGGAAAAGGUUUUUGUGCAUCCUCAUCUUUACGAAAGCAUGUGAGAACACACUCAGGAGAUAAACCCUACAAAUGUGAGCAGUGUGGAAAAGCUUAUAGUCAGCGAUACUCUCUUAAAUUACAUGAAAAAAAAAUACACACUGGGGAGAAACCCUAUGUAUGUAAGGAAUGUGGAAAAGCCUUCAGGCAUUAUUCUACUUUCCAUACACAUGAAACAGCACAUACUGGAAAGAAACCCUAUGAAUGUGAACAAUGUGGAAAGGCCUUUUGGUGGCAACGUUACCUACAGACACAUGUGAGAACACACACUGGGGAGAAACCCUAUGAAUGUGAACACUGUGGAAAAGCCUUUGGUGGACGACGCUAUCUCCAGAGACAUGUGAGAACACACACUGGGGAGAAACCCUAUCAAUGUGAACAGUGUGGAAAAGCCUUUGGUAUGCGACGCUACCUUCAGACACAUGUGAAAACACACACUGGGGAGAAACCCUACAAAUGUGAGCAGUGUGGGAAAGCUUAUAGUCAUCGAGUCUCCCUUAAGUUACAUGUACAAAGACACACUGGGGAGAAACCAUAUGAAUGUAAGGAGUGUGGGAAAGCCUUCGUGCAUAAUUCCACCCUCCAUGCUCAUGCCAAAGCACAUACUGGAGAGAAACCUUAUGUAUGUGGACACUGUGGUAAAGCCUUUAACCAUAAAUCAAUUCUCUAUAAACAUGUAAGUGCACAUACUGGAAAGAAACCCUAUGAAUGUGAAUGGUGUGGAAAAGCCUUCUAUCAGAGAUACUCACUUCAGUCACAUAUGAGAAUACACACUAUGGAGAAACCCUAUGAAUGUAAAGAGUGUGGGAAAGUGUUCCGCCAUCAGUUCUCCCUUCGUAGACAUGCGAUCUCACAUACUGGAAAGAAACCCUAUGAAUGUGACCAGUGUGGGGAAGCCUUCACACAGAAAUCCUCCCUUCAGUCACAUGCAAGAACACACACUGGGAAGAAAGUCUGUAAAUGUAAGGAGUGUGGGAAAGGCUUUUCUUCUUUGUCCUCUUUACGAGGUCAUAUGAGAACGCACACAGGGGAGAGACCCUAUAAAUGUAAGGAAUGUGGAAAAGGUUUUUGUUUAUCCUCUUCUUUGCGAAAGCAUGUGAGAAUGCACUCAAGAGAUAAAUCCUGCUAAUAUGAGCAGUGUGGGAAAGCCUUUUACUGUAAAUCUACCUUUAUAAACAUGGAAGUGCACAUACUGGAAAGAAACCCUAUGAAUUUGAACAGUGGAAAAGCCUUUGGGCAGCAAUGGUACCUUCAGACAUAUGUGAGAAUACACACUAUGGACAAACCCUAUGAAUGUAAAGAGUGUGGGAAAGCCUUCCAUCAUCAGUCCUUCUUUUGCAAAAAUGCAGUUUCACAUACUGGAAAGAAAUCCUAUGAAUGUGACCAGUGUGAGAAAUCCUUCGCACAGUGAGUCCCUUCAGUCGAAUGUAAGUAUGCACACUGGGGAGAAACUCUAGGCUUUUCUUCUUUGUCCUCUUUACGAGGUCAUAUGACAAUGUACUCAGGAGAUAAACCCUACAAAUGUGAGCAUUGUGGGAAACCUUAUAGUAAUUGAGUCUCCCUUAAGUAACAUGUAGAAAUACACACUGGGGAGAAAUCGAAUGAAUGUAAGGAGUGUGGGAAAGCAUUAACGCAUAAGUCCACUCUCCAUGCACAUGCCAAAGCACAUACUGGAGAAAAACCUUAUGUGUAUGAGCACUGUGGGAAACUCUUGAACUGUAAAUCAAUUCUGUAUGAACAUGCAAGUGCACGUACUGGAAAAAAACUAUGAAUGGGAACGGUGUGGAAAAGCCUUUGGGUGACAAGAUCACGUGAAAAUAUACACUUGGGAGAAACCCUAUAAAUGUGAGCAUUGUGGAAUGCAUUCACGCAAUGAGAAUCCUUUCAGGCACGUACAACAAUACACACUGAAACCCUAUGAAUGUCAGCAUUGAGGGAAAGCUUUCAGGUUUUCCACAUUUCUGCAAAAUCAUUUGAUGAUACAAUUCUGAAUACAAGUACUGUAGAAGAACCUUUCUCCCUUAAAAUCUUAUGAUCAACAUGAACAAUCGCACUAUCAAAAAACUUUAUAACUGGAAAGAAUGUAGGCUACCCUUCAGCAUUUCACUUAUUUUUGUACAUGGAAACUCAGCAGAACAGAACUCUAAUGAUACAAAUAAAAUUUGCCUCUGUAAGUGCCUCAUUGUUAAUAGGUACCCACUGUAUUUCUAGCUCAUAUUGCUGAUCUAAACUCUUUAUGUAUAUAUCCUUCACCUCUUCUUCCAUCUCUACUACAUUUAUUAUGUUUAAGUAACUGUCCAAUUACAUAAAACUUGCCUCAUUUCUACUACAGUUUCUUAUGGACUCUGAUAAAUGGGGUUUUGUUUGUUUUUAUGUGCAAUUUGAUGUACUUUUAGAUAAAAGUUUAUUUCAUUCUCACUUUUGUUACAUUUCUAAUAUGUGAAUCUUACAUGAGACGUAUAUUGUCGAAGUUACUGUUCUGGUCCACUGCUGCAGAUACUAGAGAAUUCUGACUCAAUUUCUAUCCUCCCUUUUAGAUUUUAUAGCCGAAAGACAUAUCUCUCACAUUUGUUGCUAGCGACAGCCACACGUGUUCUUUGCAGAAGUUAGUAAUUGUGGAAAGAUUUUAGAGCAGACAGUCACAUGAGAUUAUGUUCACAAUUUGGUCUCUGUUCAUUGUUUUUAAUCUUGAUUGGACUUAGGCUGGAUGCAUUGUGUUGCAAAGAGAAAGCUUCAGACACAGAAGUGAAAGCUGGUGUUUAGAUGUUUCCACAAAUUGUGUAGUCACACUUAGUGAAGUGGGAACCUUUAUCCAUUGUCCUGCUCUUUUUACUGAGGUAAAAAUUAUGAGAAGAAAGAGUAAUAUGAUGUUUAGAGGGCAGUUAUAAGAAGUCAUGACUUCCAGUUCUUUUAUACCAUCAGGACACAUUGAUGCAUUGAAACGUAUUUGGCCAGAGUUACAGCACAUUUUUUUUUAAACCUCUUUGCUCUACUUGUCUGGAACAGUUUCAUCUAAAACCAUGGUUGGUAUUUGUUUCCUCUUAGGAGAUUGCACAGUCUAUUUCACCACCAUGGACCUUCUGUGGUUUCCACGCUCACACAGGGCAUUGCAUUUCUUUGUAGCUCUUUGUUGUCCAUUAAGUCACCAGGACAGCAGACCAUUCUGGAGCCUUAUUUAAAUGUAUUCAAUCAUAGAACAGGACUUUACUCCACUGGAUAAUAAAAUGUUACUGUUAAAAUAAG